CUGAACAUUAUCGCCGCAAAGCGAAGGACGGCCUGAAGCCCCGCUGCUCCACUAGUGCUGGAGGAGGCGUCGGCCAGUCAGGCCAGCAGUAAGAAGGACAACCGAGUCGACCAAUCAGGGAAGAACCGCGGCUACGAUAUCCGCAUCGAGAACUUUGAUGUGUCCUUUGGAGAAAGGUGUUUGCUUCAGGGGGCGGAGCUAUCUCUGUCCACAGGCCGGCGCUACGGUCUGAUUGGUCGUAACGGUCUUGGGAAGACAACGCUGCUGAAGAUGCUGGCCAGUCGCAGCCUCCGGGUCCCCCCCCACAUCUCCAUCCUGCACGUGGAGCAGGAAGUGGCGGGCGACGAGACGCCGGCGCUGCAGAGCGUCCUGAUGAGCGACGUGCUGAGAGAAGGGCUGCUGAGCGAGGAGAAGACGCUCAAUGCUCGCAUCGCCACCGGCACCGCCGAUGGGCUGGAGAGCAUCAGACUGACGGAGAUCUAUGCAAAGCUGGAGGAGAUCGAGGCCGACAAAGCUCCAGCCCGAGCCUCCAUCAUCCUGGCCGGUCUCGGAUUCUCCCCCAAAAUGCAACAGCAGACUACCAAGGAGUUCUCUGGAGGAUGGAGGAUGCGGCUGGCUUUGGCCAGAGCUCUGUUUGGCCGGCCGGACCUCCUGCUGCUGGAUGAGCCCACCAACAUGUUGGAUGUCAGAGCCAUUCUGUGGUUGGAGAACUACCUGCAGACGUGGCAGUCCACCAUCUUGGUCGUAUCCCACGACAGAAACUUCCUGAAUGCUGUGGUAACGGACAUAAUCCACCUGCACUCCCAGAGGCUAGACAGUUACCGUGGCGACUACGAAAACUUCAUCAAGACCAAAGAAGACCGACUGAAGAACCAGCAGAGAGAGUACGAGGCCCAGCUGCAGUACAGGCAGCAUAUACAGGUGUUUAUCGACAGAUUCCGGUACAACGCUAAUCGAGCAGCUCAGGUGCAGAGCAAGCUGAAGCUGCUGGAGAGGCUACCUGAGCUGAAGCCCCUUGAAAAAGAGACCGAGGUGACGUUAAGGUUUCCGGAUAACUUUGAGAAGUUGUCUCCUCCCAUCCUGCAGCUGGAUGAAGUGGAGUUCUACUACUCUCCCGACCGCCCGCUCUUCUCCGGCCUCAACGUGUCCGCUGACCUCGAGUCUCGCAUCUGCAUCGUCGGUGAAAACGGCGCCGGUAAAACAACCGUCCUCAAACUGCUGAUGGGCGAGUUGACGCCGGUAGGCGGAGUCAGACAGUCUCACAGGAACCUGAAGAUCGGAUACUUCAGUCAGCAUCAUGUGGACCAACUGGACCUCAACGUCUGUUCUGUGGAGCUGCUGCUCAACCGGUUCCCUGGUCGGACGGAGGAGGAGUACCGGCACCAGCUGGGCGGGUACGGGAUCACCGGGGAGCUCUCCACCAGGCCGGUGGCCAGUCUGUCAGGAGGGCAGAAGAGCCGGGUGGCCUUCGCGCAGAUGACCAUGCCAUGUCCAAACUUCUACAUCCUAGAUGAGCCGACCAAUCACCUGGACAUGGAGACCAUCGAGGCUCUGGCCAAAGCGCUCAACAAGUUCAGACUGCAUCCUGAGGGCUCCUGCACGAAACCAGGAUAAGGAUUAAGUCGGGAUAUUCUCGUUAUCCUGGAUGAAUUUAGCUUUGAUUAAGCCCAGUAACCAUGGCGAUGUAUUCUUUGCAGCUAGCCUGCUCCAGACCAGGCUAACAGAUUUAUUUCCAUUAACAUGCAUUACUUGUAACAUAAUAAUACAUUUUAUUUAUAUAGCGCUUUACAUGGUAGGCUCAUUAGCACAUAAAACAAGCAUAUUAAAACAGUCUACAACUUUCCUGUAAGUAGAUAUUUUUAGACCCUUCGUCAUUCCGUCGGUCAGCGAUUGUCUAACAGGCUUUUCUCUGUUUAAUUACAGCUGCGUUUUUCCCUUUUUGCAUAUUAGAGGCUUCACCUCCUCAGAAGUUUCCAUAAUUAGUUGCUGCUCAGCGGGUUAAAAAUAUGCUGCGUGCGUCUUCUCCAUCUGUGCAUCAGUAGAUGUGUGAUGGACACCGUGGUCUACUUAAGCGUGAACGUGCACUCGAUAGACAUUGACUAUCAAAUCUGCAGCAGGACUCGUUCAGCUCGUCUGCAGGCGGAGGUCAUUCAUGGAGGUCUGGCUUGUAGUUGGUGAGGUGUUUGUCUCCAGACCGAAGCAGAGUCACUUG